AUGCGCGCAAAGGGUAACGCCCAGCUCGUAAAUCAGCUUAUCGAUGGCGGCAUGAUCAUCCUCGGAAAGGGCAAGUUAACGGCAAAUAUCCAGGGCGCAUUCGAUACUCCUCUCAGCUGGAGCGCGUAUAUGGGCCAGACACUUUCCACACAUAGAUUGCCAAAUCUAGAAGAUGAGAAACAGCCCGUGAGUAUCCAUAUAAACUCGAAGGACAAUUCUGCGAUCGAAGCAGAGACAGCUGGCCCAACCGUCUAUCCUGCAUCUUGCUGCGACUUAUACGGAAUGGAACUUACCCUAGGCUCAGUUUCAAUUGAAGGAGUAUUUGAACUGAGCGAGUCGUUCGAUACUAUUGGUGUUCUAGCUAGAACGCCUACCGAUCUCGCUCUGCUCGCUAAGAUCAUUAUAAAGAAAGAGGCUUCGUCCGAAACGACACCAUAUGGCAUGGCCUCACGAACGUUAGGAUCCUGGGAAGGACUUGGUGUCGACAUAGUCCCAAUUAUUGGGGUGUAG